AGAAAAGAAGCCAGAUUCCCUCGUCGUUGUAUAGUUAUAGUGUUGGACUUCGGUGGUUCCGCUCCGCUCGGAGUUAUUUAGUUUGCAUCAACUAGCAAAAAAAAUAAUAAGACUUGGCAAGAAAAUCCGACAAGCUUCACAACCACCAUACAACAUAUCUUAUCAUCCAUACCCCAGCCAAUCCACCAGCCAUGGGGAAACGCAAAUUAGGAGCCUUGGAAAAGGUGGAUGCUGACCUGACAAACCUCCAGCAUAAGAUUCGGCGAGACCCACAGUCCUACAUCGAAGAUUUCCGAAGCCAACACUACCAAUAUGAAAGCCACCGGGAGAUAUUCAUGGCGGCGCCCUCGUCCGCAACGGAUACGGGAAUAAUUUCGUUGCGUGACCUCAUUGAAUUUAUCGCGCAUGUCGCCGACUGCUACCGGGACAUCACGAAGAAUUUCGCCAAUGAGUUGACUGAGAUUUUGACACUGCACCAUGCGGUGCUCGAGCCGGAAUUGAGAGAGAAGAUUGUGGGUAGUCUAGUAUUGUUAAGGAAGAAGGAGAUUAUUGAUUCUGCUACACUCCUACAAACCCUUUUCCCUGUCCUAGUCUCCACCCCAAGCAAGACUCUCCGAGCAUUCAUAUUCCAGAAAAUCCUCUCCGACCUACGCACAUCGAAUUCGAAAUCCGUAAACCACAAGCUAAACAGAACCGUCCAAACCGUCCUCUACAAUCUCGUGACCUCUGAUAGAACAUCCGUGAAAGCUCUUUGGGCCAUAAAAAUCACAAGAGAACUAUGGAAGCGGCAAAUAUGGAACGAUACCAAAGCAGUGGAGAUCAUGAAAGAAGCGGCGCUGGCGGAUAAUGAGAAAGUGGCAGUUGGUGGCGUUCGGUUUUUCCUUGGCGGCGAUAAGGAAAGAGAGGAGUUGGAGGACGAGAGUAGCGAUGAUGAAAUUCCUGACGUAUCCCAGGUACGCCAUCAGGUUACGAUUAACAAGAAGAGCAAGAAGAAGGCACGCCAGAUAGACAAGGCUAUUGCAGCGGUCAAGAAGAAGGAAAAAAAGAAAAAUCAACCCCACCCGCUGAAUUUCUCUGCGUUCCACCUUCUAUAUGACCCUCAGGGCUUUGCGGAGACGUUGUUCUCGAAACACCUGCAAAAUACGAAGUCCAAGCUUAAUCUGGAGCAGAAAUUACUUGUCUUGCAGCUUGUCUCCCGGCUGGUGGGCUUGCAUAAGCUUACGAUGAUCCAGUUAUACUCAUACUUUCUUAAGUAUCUAACGCCAAAGCAACCAUCGGUCACUUCAUUCCUGGCCUCUCUAGCUCAAUCAACACAUCCGCUCGUACCGCCCGAUGUGCUCGAGCCACUAGUUCAGAAAAUCGCAAAUGAGUUCGUAUCUGAAGCUGCCGCUGCAGAGGUUGCGUCCGCUGGUUUAAACGCGAUUAGAGAAAUAUGUGUCAGACAGCCACUUGCCAUGAAUGAUACAUUGCUCCAAGAUUUGGUCAUGUAUCGGAAAAGCAAGGAUAAGGGAGUUAUGAUGGCUGCAAAGGGGUUGUUGAGUCUUUACCGAGAAGUAGGCGCGGAGUUAUUGAAGAAAAGGGACCGGGGUAAGAAUGCAACAAUCCAGCUGAAGGCUGGGGAGCGGAAAGAUAUCCGCUUUGGAGCGGAGGACGCUGGUGAGAUUGAAGGGAUUGAGUUACUAGAACAGUGGAAGGAAGAGGAGCGACGCAAGAGAAGGCGCGAGCAGGGCCUGCCGUCUGAUGGUGAGGACGGAGAUGAGGCAGAAAAUGAGGAAGAAGAUUGGGGGGCUUGGGAUGUAGAUGAGGGGGAUGAAAGUGAUGAUUCUGGCGGUUGGAUUGAUGUUCAGAGUGAUGAUGAGAUCAAUAUCGAGCUCAGCGACUCCGAGGACGAGGGCCCGGCCGCCAAAAAGGCGAAAAUUAAUGAAGAGAAUGGAGAAUCGCGGGCCACGACGGAAGACCCACAAAAUGACAAAGGAAAAGAAAAGAAACCUUCCACUCUCGCAACAACCCGUAUUCUGACGCCCGCAGAUCUUGCCAAACUAGCCGAGCUCCGUGCCAAACAAAGCGUUUCAUCUCUCCUACCGCAAAACAAGACCCAGCGUCAAAAGCCAGCUGCUACCUCAAAUGCCGCCAGACACAUGGAUGAUCCGCUCACCGCAGCCGAAAUCGAAGGACUUGCCGCACUCUCCGCCGGUAAAGCCACACGCGCAGAGAAAAUUGCCCGGAUGAAGGAAAUGAAGACCGAUCGCUCGGAUCAUUUGAGCAAGACUGCAAAGAAGAAGGAGAGGAAGGAGGCUCAGGGUAAGAGUACGACUAAUAAGGAGAAGGCGAGAAAGAAGAAUUUCCUCAUGACGUUGGGGAAGGCGAAGAGUAAAGGGAAGAGGAGUUUGGUGGAGACGAGAAAUGUGCUGAAGGCGCAUCAUGACAGACAGAAGAGGGGAGGGAAGAGAGGGAAUUAUUCAUAAAUGGAAGCAUUGGCAUGAGAGAAUCAACGUAAAAAGUGGAAUAUUUCAUGAGAUGGGCAGGGCGUUUAUUCCGGUUCUAUGACGGCUUUCUAGAGUAUAGUUGCAGAAGAUACCUAUUUAACAGACUCCUAGUGAGUUCUGAAUAGAGUUAAUGUUGGAGGAAAUAAACCUUCCAUGUCUGCAUAAUGGUUCAUGAGCUACGACAGCCAUACUUUUAUCCCAUAUCCUAACCAUCCGAUCUUCUCUCUCCGCAUUCGCAACAUACGCGCU